GGGGGAAUGAAGAAAGCGUGCAGGGGGUUGAGAUUUUUCUACUCAUUGUCUGUUGCCUGGAGAGCUUUCUUCUCUUUCCUGGCCUGAAUGCUUCUUCACAACUGCUAGUUUCCUCGUUGCCUGGGUCGCCUGCUGCCCAGACUCCAUUCUCUGACGAGGCGGGCUGCCACCUCAGUCUUCAGCCUUCAACGUCAGCCGGCAUCUCCGCUUCAGCCGUCUCCCUUCAUCUUUCAGCCCAUGGUUCCUGCCUGUGCUCUCCGCUUCAGCCUUCUCCCUUCAGCUUUCAGCCCAAGUUUCUGCCUGUGCCUGCAACAAAGAGGGCAAGAUUAUGAAACGCCUCUCCCUCUCCGUCUCCUCGGACACAUCCGAUCAAAUUGGAACGCCUCUCCGUCGUUCGCAUGAAGAACCAGACACGCUUGUUGCGCUCUGCUCAUCUCUUUUGCAGUGUGCGUGAGGUGAGGUCUUCCUGUGCGUGGGGAGAGAAAACGACUGCUGCUCAUUCAGUCCUUUGAGGAAACAGGAGCAGACAUAGUUCUGCCGUGGGAGAGAAAACGACUGCUGCUUAUUCAGUCCAUUGAGAUGUCUAAUAAUGUGGGCAGCUCUAAGGAGGAGACAUCCAGAAGUACUGAUGUAACGUCUUUGGCUAAAGAUGCUGAAGAUAGUCGGUAUGCUAUUUUUAAGAAGUUACUGGAGCAGGCAUCCAUCUAUGGAAUAGCUGCCGGAUACUGUCUUUCUGCCUCACUUUUAUCAAUAAUCAACAAAUGGGCCGUAAUGAAAUUUCCAUAUCCUGGAGCUUUGACUGCCUUGCAAUACUUCACAAGUGCACUUGGUGUCUUGGUGUGCGGAUGGUUAAAAGUGAUUGAGCAUGACCCACUGAACCUAUACACCAUGUGGAAGUUCUUACCUGCUGCCAUGAUAUUCUAUGCAUCCCUUUUCACAAACAGUGAGCUUCUGCUACAUGCCAAUGUUGAUACAUUUAUAGUUUUCCGUUCAGCUGUCCCCAUAUUUGUGGCCAUUGGAGAAGCUGUCUAUUUGAAGCAGCCAUGGCCUUCGCUGAAAACCUGGUUGUCUCUUGCUACUAUUUUUGGUGGAAGUGUGAUCUAUGUUCUUACAGAUUACCAAUUUACGGUGACUGCUUAUACAUGGGCAUUGGCCUAUCUUGUGAGCAUGACGAUAGAUUUCGUUUACAUAAAGCAUGUAGUUAUGACAAUCGGACUGAACAUAUGGGGUUUGGUUCUGUACAACAACCUGGAAGCGUUGCUUCUAUUCCCUUUUGAAUUUCUUAUUAUGGGGGAGUUGAAGAAGAUAAAGCAUGACGUUGCAGAUGAAUCAAGUUGGCAUUCCUUCAGUGUGAUUUUACCAGUGGGUUUGUCCUGUCUAUUUGGGCUUUCCAUCUCCUUUUUUGGGUUCUCAUGUCGGAGGACCAUCUCAGCUACCGGGUUUACUGUUCUUGGUAUUGUGAACAAGCUUCUCACAGUGGUAAUAAAUUUAGUUGUUUGGGAUAAGCAUUCAACGUUGAUUGGGACAAUUGGCCUUUUGAUAUGCAUGUUGGGUGGAAUUUUGUACCAGCAAUCAACUACAAAGCCUGCUCCUCCGAAAGUGCAAGUUGAAGUUGAUGAUGAAGAAGCAAAGCUGCUCCUGGAAAUGCCAAACCAAGAAACUAGUGCUCCUGCAAAACCAAUGAAUGAGCAGGAAAGUGCUGCUACAGAAAAGUCUGGGAGGACCUCAUGAUUUUGUAAUUUGCCUUUUUGGAGCUAAUGCCAAACUCGAGAUAUCAUUUCAUUCUUAAUUGUAAUUCUUACAUAUUAAGGAGAACACUUGCUCUUGAAA